AUGUCGUCCGAAGCACCCUUCCAGACCCUGGCUGGCAAGGUUGCAAUCGUGACCGGCGGCUCCCGUGGCAUAGGAGCUGGCAUUGCUGAAGAGCUCGCGAAACGCGGUGCGAAGGUAACAAUCACAUACACAUCCUCGUCAUCGGCUCAUGGCGUAGACGCUUUGAUCUCACGACUUCCACUUGGAAGCGCAGUCAAGGUACAGGCAGACCUCCGCAAACCAGCGUCUCCCCACACCAUCUUAGACGCGACUAUCGAGGCAUUCGGACCCAAAAUCGACAUCCUCGUCAACAAUGCCGGCAUCAACAAGCCCACUUCGCUCGAAACACUCACCGCCGACGACUUCUCUGACAUGUUCGACACAAAUGUCCGCGCGGUCGUCCUCAUGACCCAGGCCGCCCUACCUCACUUCCAUUCUUCGAAUGCCCGCAUCAUCAACAUAGGCUCCACCGCCGCUCGCGUUGGUGUCCCAGGCAUCUCGCUAUAUACGUCCUCGAAACUCGCCGUCGAAGCUCUGACACGGUCGUGGGCCAGCGAGCUAGGUGAUCGGGGUAUCACAGUGAAUACGGUGGCACCAGGCUCUACGCAAUCGGAUCUGUUGUCGGCAUCAGCUGAGGCCGAUGAUGUCAAGGCAGAGGCCGCCAAAACUCCUGUGGAGAGAAGGGUCGGUACGCCGAACGACGUUGCGCAGGUUGUUGCGUGGUUGGCAAGUGAGGAGAGCAAGUGGGUCAGCGGUCAAUGCAUCUGCGCAAGUGGAGGCUACCGAAUGUAUUGA